AGACGAGGAUGGACAAACUUCUUCUGACCGUCGUCAUCGUCGUCGUCGUGUUAGUCCAUCCAGGACUGUGUGCCGUCUCAUCAGCUGCUGUACGUCGCUACUUUGUUGUUAAUGAGCUGAAGACCAGGACCGAAGGACAGCGUCACUGCAGAGAGAACUACAUGGACCUGGCCACCAUACGAGACCCAGAGGACCUGGAGACCCUGAAGACCCUGAAGGCAACGUUCCACUCACAAGCCUGGAUCGGACUGUACUUUUACUCUGACAACUGGAAGUGGUCACUGUCAAACACAAGUCUCUACAAAACCGGGGAGACGGAGUUCAGGCAAUGGAGGUCUGGACAACCGAGCAACUACAACGAUGGACAACACUGCGUAGAGAUGCAUGCCAAUAGUCUUUGGUUGGACUACAAAUGUGAGACGGUCCAUAGGUCAGCCUGCUUCGAUGUCAGAGGGCCAAACACAUAUGUCCUCACUACCACCUCGAUGAAUUGGACUGAAGCCCAGAGCUACUGCAGAAAACACCACACAGACCUGGCCAGUGUGAGGAACAUGGAGGAGAACCAGAUGGUUCAGAAUCUGAUUCCCUCUAAUACGUUCGUCUGGAUCGGCCUUUUCAGAGAUCCAUGGAAUUGGUCUGAUGGAAGUGAGUCCUUAUUUAGGAACUGGAAUCAUCUGGAGCCUCGUAUACCUGAUGGCUCCUCUAAGAAAUGUGUGGCAGCAGACUUCAGUGCCGAUGGACAAUGGGAGAUCCUGGACUGUAACGUCAAGUCAGCGUUCAUCUGCUAUGAUGACUUUGUUCCUGUUUUAAAGCGAGUGGUGAAAGUGAGGCCGGAGAGGAGCAGCUCCUCUCUGGAUCUGAAUGACCCUGUGGUGAUGGAGGACCUCUUGAAGCAGCUCAAACAGAGAAUGAAGGACCAAGGGCUGAACGACGACAUCAAACUGAGCUGGAAGAAGCAGUCGGAUGGAAAAGUCUUUCACAAGGAAGUGAAGAAAACCAAGAAGAAGAGAUUCCAUCCAGGACUGUGUGCCGUCUCAUCAGCUGCUGUACGUCGCUACUUUGUUGUUAAUGAGCUGAAGACCAGGACCGAAGCACAGCGUCACUGCAGAGAGAACCACAUGGACCUGGCCACCAUACGAGACCCGGAGGACCUGGAGACCCUGAAGACCCUGAAGGCAACGUUCCACUCACGAGCCUGGAUCGGACUGUACUUUUACUCUGACAACUGGAAGUGGUCACUGUCAAACACAAGUCUCUACAAAACCGGGGAGACGGAGUUCAGGCAAUGGAUCUCUGGACAACCGAACAACUACAACUAUGGACAACACUGCGUAGAGAUGCAUGCCAAUAGUGAUUGGUAUGACUACAAUUGUGAGACGGUCCUUAGGUCAGCCUGCUUCGAUGUCAGAGGGCCAAACACAUAUGUCCUCACUACCACCUCGAUGAAUUGGACUGAAGCCCAGAGCUACUGCAGAAAACACCACACAGACCUGGCCAGUGUGAGGAACAUGGAGGAGAGCCAGGUGGUUCAGAAUCUGAUUCCCUCGAAUACGUACAUCUGGAUUGGCCUUUUCAGAGAUUCAUGGAAUUGGUCUGAUGGAAGUGAGUCCUUAUUUAGGAACUGGAAUAAUCUGGAGCCUCGUAUACCUGAUGGCUCCUCUAAGAAAUGUGUGGCAGCAGACUUCAGUGCCGAUGGACAAUGGGAGAUCCUAUACUGUAACGUCAAGUCAGCGUUCAUCUGCUAUGAUGACUUUGUUCCUGUUUCAAAGCGAGUGGUGAAAGUGAGGCUGGAGAGGAGCAGCUCCUCUCUGGAUCUGAAUGACCCUGUGGUGAUGGAGGACCUCUUGAAGCAGUUCAAACAGAAGCUGAAGGACCAAGGGCUGAACGACGACAUCAAACUGAGCUGGAAGAAGCAGUCGGAUGGAAAAGUCUUUCACAAGGAAGAGAAGAAGACCAAGAAGAAGAGAAGAGAUGAGCUGUAAUGUUGUUUCAAUCCACUCUGGUCCGAGGAUUCCUU